CACGCCCAGCGCUCAGCGGCGCUCGCCCCGCAGGCCCCCGCCCUCCUCCAGCCUCGAGAGUUGCUCGCCGGGCCUCCGGGACUCGCCGGCUCUCGGGCCCGCCCCCGAAAACGUGGAGCGCUGAGGCGGCGGGAAGUUUGUCAAAGAUGAAAGUGACCUUAUCAGCUCUGGAUACUCAUGAGAGUUCUUUCACGCCUUUGGUCAUCAUAGAACUCGCUCAGGAUGUCAAGGAAGAAACCAAAGAAUGGCUGAAAAACAGAAUCAUCACUAAAAAGAAAGAUGGAGGUGCUCAGCUGUUGUUUAGACCGUUGUUAAAUAAAUAUGAGAAAGAAACACUGGAAAAUCAGAACUUGUAUCUUGUCGGUGCCUCCAAGAUUCGAUUGUUGCUGGGGGCAGAAGCAGUGGGAUUGGUAAAAGAGUGCAGUGAUAACACCAUGAGAGCCUUCACGUAUGGAACCCGACACAACUUCAAAGAUUUUGAUGAUGAUAAUGAUGAUUUCCUCAGCAUGGCAGAACGUCAAUUCAUCAUCAAACAUGAACUUGAAAAUCUUCGAGCCAGAGAUGAAAAAAUGGUCCCUGGAUACCCCCAGGCAAAAUUGUACCCAGGAAAAUCAUUAUAUACUGACUUGCUGUCCUCCUUGAGGGGCCUGUUGCCUGAUACGCUCAUCACUUGUCUGUGGGAACAAGUGAGAAGGCUGCUCACAUCUGGCAUUGUGGUUCAGGUGUUCCCACUGCAUGACAAUGAGGCCCUGAAGAAGCUUGAGGACACCUGGUAUACUCGAUUUACCUUGAAGUUCCAGCCCAUAGACAGAAUUCGUGGCUACUUUGGAGAAACCAUCGCUCUUUAUUUUGGCUUUCUGGAGUAUUUCACGUUUGCCUUAAUCCCCAUGGCCAUCAUUGGGUUACCUUACUACUUGUUUGCAUGGGAAGACUAUGACAAGUAUGUGAUCUUCGCCUCGUUCAACCUGAUCUGGUCCACGGUGAUCUUGGAAGUGUGGAAGCGAGGCUGUGCCAGCAUGACCUACCGGUGGGGUACCCUGGUCAUGAAGAGGAAGUUCGAGGAGCCCCGGCCAGGGUAUCACGGAGUCCUGGGUAUCAAUGCAGUAACUGGCCGGGAGGAGCCGCUCUACCCCAGCUACAAGAGACAGCUGCGCAUUUACCUGGUCUCCCUGCCCUUCGUGUGCCUCUGUCUCUAUUUCUCUCUGUUUGUCAUGAUGAUUUACUUCGACAUGGAGGCCUGGGCCUUGGGUCUGCAUGAGGACAGUGGGUCCGAGUGGACCAGCAUCUUGUUGUAUGUGCCCAGCAUCAUCUAUGCCAUUGUGAUCGAGAUCAUGAACCGCCUCUAUCGAUACGCUGCUGAGUUUUUAACCUCAUGGGAGAAUCACAGAUUGGAAUCUGCCUACCAGAAUCACCUAAUUCUGAAAGUGUUAGUGUUCAACUUUCUGAAUUGCUUUGCCUCACUUUUCUACAUUGCCUUUGUCCUGAAGGAUAUGAAGCUUUUGCGUCAGAGCUUGGCUACUCUCCUGAUUACCUCCCAGAUCCUUAACCAAAUUGUGGAAUCUCUUCUUCCUUAUUGGCUCCAAAAGAAGCACCAUGUGCGGGUGAAGAAGAAGGUGGAAGCUUUAAAGGCAGACAUCGAUGCUACAUUAUAUGAACAGGUCGUUCUGGAAAAGGAAAUGGGAACUUACUUGGGCACCUUUGAUGAUUACUUGGAGUUAUUCCUGCAGUUUGGUUAUGUGAGCCUUUUCUCCUGUGUUUACCCACUGGCAGCUGCCUUCGCUGUGCUAAAUAAUCUCACCGAAGUUAAUUCAGAUGCCUUAAAAAUGUGCAGAGUCUUCAAACGUCCGUUCUCAGAACCCUCAGCCAGUAUUGGUGUAUGGCAGUUGGCUUUUGAAACAAUGAGUGUUAUAUCUGUGGUCACCAACUGUGCUCUGAUUGGAAUGUCACCACAAGUGAAUGCACUCUUCCCAGAGUCAAAGACAGACCUCAUUUUGAUCGUGGUAGCCGUGGAGCACACGCUCCUGGCUUUGAAGUUCAUCCUUGCAUUUGCCAUACCUGAUAAGCCACGGCAUAUCCAGAUGAAACUGGCCAGAUUGGAAUUUGAAUCUUUGGAGGCACUCAAGCAGCAGCAGAUGAAGCUCACAGCCGAGAACCUGAAAGAGGAAUGCAGGGAAGGCGGGAAGGAGAAGGCGUCCUGAGGGUGGACCCACUUCAGGCUCCUGCCCGAGCCCCACACCCACUCCGGCCGCCUGACCUUGCUCCAGAGCCACCAGGGCCCAGCCUCGCAUAUGGACCAGCCACCAGCUCCGCACACCAUCCUCAGGGUGACUGUUGGCCGAUGGGGGUGGCAUCCAGCCGAGCCCCCGCUGGGAGAACGGGCGCCAGUGAGACGGCGUUUCCACACUCCUGGCUCUGUCCUGCAAUAAGUUCACAAACCCUUCAUCGACAGAAAGUGCCCACCGAGCUAUUAAAGGCCCCGUGCACGUC